AUGCGGACCUCUUCAGCCGCUCUCCUUGUUCUUCUGCCCAGUGUCUUUGCCAUUCCGCUGGGUGAGGCCCCGUCUCUUAGACUGGAUGUCACUCUCAGUCGGGUCGAGGACACUCGUAUCAAAGCUGUUGUGAAGAACGUCGGCAGUGAGGAUGUCACCUUUGUCCAUAUCAACUUCUUCAAGGACACUGCUCCGGUCAAGAAGGUUGCUUUAUUCCAGCAUGAUGAUUCCGAGAUUGCCUUCGAGGGAGUGGAGAAGCUGUUCAAGAGCAGCGGCCUCACUGAGGAUGUACUUACCUCUCUGGCCCCCGGGGAUGUCUAUGAGGACGAGUUUGAUGUUGCCAGUACUAGCAAUCUCAGCAAAGGAGGCCACGUCACCCUUCACGCGGUGGGACGUGUUCCCGUAGUGGAGAACAGUACUAUCACCGGCUCUAUGCCAUUCAAGUCUAACAAGCUGGUUAUCGAUGUUGACGGUCCCAAGGCCUCCAAGGUCGCAGCUGCCAUGAAGACAAUGCACAAGCGCACAACAGUGGAAUCCUGUCCCUCGAACGACAAACAGUCUGCGCUGACCACGGCGCUGCAAAAUGCCGCCUAUAUAGCUAGCCAGGCUGCCGAUGCUGCCGAAUCGGGCCCUGAUGUCCGCUUCCAGGAGUACUUUGGCACCACUGACAGCGAGACUCGCGGUAUUGUCGCUGCUCGCCUCAGAGCGGCAGCUGCGGAAGCUUCCUCCACCACAUUCGGCCAGACCUCCUACUACUGCUAUGAUGUCGACGAGUGGUGCAGUCCCAAUGUGCUCGCCUGGACCACGCAGACGACCAACACCAUUGCCAAUUGCGAUCUUUACUACACCGAUAUCCCGCCUCUGACCUCCGUGUGUCAUGACCAAGACCAAGCCACCACCACGCUGCACGAACUUACUCAUGCGCCGGGUGUGUAUAACCCUGGUACGGAGGACUUUGGCUAUGGGUAUGAUGCGGUUGCUGCCUUGAGCCCGGACAAUGCCCUUAACAACGCGGAUACUUAUUCGCUGUUUGCCAACGCUGUGUAUCUCAACUGCUAG